CACUGGGGAUGUUAGGACUGCCUGUUGGCCUUUCUCUGGCUUGCCUGGGGUGUCUGCCUGGUCUCCCGUUCUCUGCGACAAUGAAGAUCAGGCUGGACUAGCUGUGGAGUUCAUAUCCCACCCACCAGAAUGGACCUACCUGGUUAUCACCCACAGCUGCCCCAGCCUCUUGUCCACCAGCCGGGAAAGUAUCCGGACAAUCUUUUAAAUUUGGAGGGAUCAUCAACAUCUCAGGAGUUAAAGACAGAGCGAGAAGGCAGACCAGAGUCAGAGGCGAGCUGUCCCAUCUGUGGAGACAAAGUGUCAGGAUACCACUAUGGACUGCUCACUUGUGAAAGUUGCAAGGGCUUCUUUAAACGCUCAGUGCAGAAUAACAAGCACUACACCUGUGCAGAACAACAGAGGUGUCCCAUGAACCUUUCCCAGAGGAAACGUUGUCCCGCCUGCCGCUUCCAGAAGUGUUUGGCGGUCGGCAUGAGAAGAGAAGCUGUAAGAGCAAAUCGUAUGAGAGGUGGCAGGAAUAAAUUUGGCCCUCUGUAUCGACGGGACAGGCAGAUGAAACAGCAAAGGGUGUAUCACCAGGCAAACACUGCUCCCUACAGGAUUAAGAUGGAAACUACACAAACAUGCUGGCCCACGGCUCCAAAUGACCUUCACCUAAUGAGCAGUCACACAAGUGCUUCAUUGUCCUCUGAUGCUUUUCAUCAAUCCCACAUGUAUCCCUCUAGCAUGGGGCAGUCAGGAGCGUCCAUACAUCUGGACUGCACAAUGAGCGCAGACAGGGUGCUCACUCCAUCACCCUUGCCCUGUCCUGGACUAUACCACUGCACAUUCCCCGGAUUUGUCCAGGAGAAAGGAGAAAUGGCUUUUAGCUGCAGCUCAGCUCCCGCAAACUAUCCAGCGCACCCAACCCCAAACAAUUCAUUCACACCAAGAAGCACACCAGCAUCAUCCCCCUGCUCAACACCAAGCUCAACCACCCCUCUCUCCCAAGCUCUCAUCCAAAUCCCAGACACUCCCCCACCAGCCACUCUUACAACGAACUUCCUAAGCCAACUCCUGGAGGGUGAGCAGGAUGAGGGUCAGUUGUGUGCCAAGGUCCUGGCCAGCCUACAGCGAGAACAGGCCAACCGAGGCAAACAUGACUGCCUAAAUACAUUCAGCAUCAUGUGCAAAAUGGCUGACCAGACUCUGUUUGGGAUUGUGGAGUGGGCCAGGAGCACUGCACUCUUCAAGGAGCUCAAGAUCAACUUCUUACACAUCCCACAGGUGGAAGACCAGAUGGUUCUACUGCAGAGCUGUUGGAGUGAGUUGCUGGUCCUGGACCACCUCUGUAGACAGGUGACCUACGGCAAAGAAGGCUGCAUAUAUCUGGUCACAGGGCAACAGAUUGAGGUGUCGACCAUCAUCUCUCAGGCAGGAGUGACACUAAGUAGCCUGGUAUCAAGGACCCAAGACCUGGUGUCCAAACUGAAGGCGCUCCAGUUAGACAGACAUGAGUUUGUUUGUCUCAAAUACUUGGUGCUAUUCAACCCCGACGUGAAGUCUGUGCAGAGCCGCAGGCAGGUGGAGCAGACUCAAGAGAGGGUGAACAGGGCCCUGAUGGAGCAUACCCAGCAUAGUAAUCAAGGACAAUCAGACAAGUUCGGCCAGCUGCUGCUGCGGCUGCCCGAGGUACGCAGCAUUAGCUUGCAGGUUGAGGAGUAUUUGUACCAGCGCCAUCUUCUGGGAGAUUUGCCCUGCAACUCUCUACUCACUGAGAUGCUUCACACCAAGCACAACUGAGAACCCACAGCUGUAAAUUUUGCACCUCCUGUUCUGCCUUUCAGAUCCAACUGUCCAUUUUUACUUUUGAUGAUUGUUGCAAACAGUAAACUGGCAUGCUCUCUUUAACAGCCUUGAUGGCUUCGGUCACAGUAGUCAUGUCAUCCAGGAUCAGCAUUCAGGGGGAAGAUUAACCUAAAUCGUGCCAUGCUUUGCCCAAGUCCCCGUUAUCAACAGUAUUACCGCAGUCACAAAGCCUAGUAAAUGUUUUUUGGUUUUUUUUGGUCAGUAUUGUUGUGAGGUUUCAGAUCCAAGCACUACCAUGAUGUUUUUAGUGAGCCAGAGGAGCUUAACUGUUCAAAGAAGAAAGAAAAAAAAUGCAUCACUGAAUAAAGAAGUUUGGUUUUGCAUAUGCAUGUGU